GAUUUGUGGGCGGUCUAUUCCGUUCCCCAGCGCAUCACAAACUGAAUGCCCCCCUCCCUCUCUGCCCGUAUCACCAUCCCCCACUCUGUGUGUAUGUCGAUGUUACCAACGCCGUUGCAAGCUUGAGAUCGCAGGAACGAAGCAAACCACAGCAGGAACCCACCAGCGUUAAGGGAAAACUGAGAAUAUUAAACGCAGAAGAAAUUAAAGAAAGGUUUAGAGUACAAAUACUACUGGAUUAACUACGUUGAUUGCAUUUCCAUUCCCUACAUUAGCUUUUCCAAGAAUGGCCACCGGGCACCCCACUGACAAAUUCAGUUUCUUGUACCAACCUGAAAGCUGUCAAAACUUGAAGAGCAAGGGGCGACUGUCUUCCACCAUGAACCCUGUUUACAGUCCCGUUCAGCCAGGGACCCCAUACGGCAACCCCAAGAACAUGGCCUUCACGGGCUACCCUGGAGGUUAUCCCACCACUGCUCCUACCUACACUCCCAACCUUUACCAGACCGGCAGCCAUGGAUACCCUCCAGUGCUGCUGAUGAAGCAGGGCUGGGCACAGACCUCUACAGCAGGGCCCACUGAGGGUUCCUAUGACCUGGCCGUGGACACGGGCUCAGAGAGCAGAUCUUACCAGGCCUCGUCUGCAGCAUUCAGAUACACUACGGGGACCCCGUACAAGGUGCCCCCCACUCAAACCACUGGAGCUCCCCCGCCCUACUCUCCGUCCCCUAACCCCUACCAGACGGCCAUGUACCCAAUCAGAAGUGCCUACCCCCAGCAGAACCUCUAUGCCCAGGGUGCUUACUACACACAGCCUGUGUAUGCUGCCCAGCCUCAUGUCAUCCACCACACCACGGUGGUGCAACCCAACAGCAUUCCCUCCGCCAUCUACCCGGCCCCCGUGCCCGCACCCCGCUCCAACGGCGUGGCCAUGGGCAUGGUGGCUGGAACCACCAUGGCCAUGUCAGCAGGGACUCUGCUGACCACACCUCAGCACACACAGCACAUUGGCACGCAUCCCGUCACCGUGCCGACGUACCGGCCCCAAGGAACGCCUGGGUACAGCUAUGUGCCUCCUCACUGGUAAACCCACCUGCCAAUUCAUAUCUGGAGUCAAACAUUGUAUGCAACUUCUCAAGUCUUACAUUGGUGCUGGGUCGUCAACUUUGGGGCACCAAGCCUGUUUGCAAGAACAAAAAAAAAAAAAACAAAAACAAAAAAAAAAAAAUACUGCAAGAGUCACUUUUGCAUUCUGUAGUGUUUCUGUAAAUGCUGCUUUUUAUUUGAUUCGUUUGCCUCUGUUUGUUGGGUUGCUUUUGUUUUGACUCUCAGAUUCUCCAUACUGACUCUGACCUGCAGCUGCAGUAUGGAUCCCUUACAUUAACACUGGUGUAUUCACAAGGCCAGUCUCAGCGCUGGAUGUCACACUUCAUCUUCUUAUGCUGCCAAAUUUUCUAACAAUUAGAUUUUAGUACAGGUUUUUUUUUUUUUUUAUCAUCUUUUAAGAUUAUUAUUGUUAUUAUUUCCCAGUUGGCUCCCGGGAAAGGGCUUUUGGAUUACAUUGUAUAUUUUUUCCUUUCUUAUUUUAUUUGCCUUCCAAUUUGGUUUAAAACGAUUAUCUUCUAAUACUGAUAAAAGGGUUGUCUUCCAGCUUGUAGCAGUUCGUUGAGUAGACAUGUUAUUAAUAUAUCCACUGUAUGAGAGUAUAAAUGUGGUAAUCCCUUCUCUAGGAAAAGAGUAAUGCAGUAAUCUUAGUUAUACACUCUGUAGAGGAUAUUUAAGUCGGUGGACAUAAUUAGCUUGUACAUCAAAAAUAUGGUAAGCAAUGUUAAAACAUUCAAUAUUCUGAAGUGUGUGCAUGUGUAUAUGCAUUCAUAUACACACGCAUCCGCAUGCACACAUAGACAACAUGGGGUUUCUUGUUUUGGAUGUUAACAAGACUUUAGAUGCACUUAGCUGGAACAGCAGGCACUAUUGUGAGCCCAGUGUUAGCCAUGUGCCAACAGAGCAGGGGUGGAUGGGGGUGACCAUGGCAUCAUUGGAAUUGUUCAGGAUCUAUCAUGUCAAGGAUUCAAAGGGACUGCGUGUAACUGGGGAAGUGGAGACAAAAUGAAUAGUUAGAUCCUCAGUAUGGGUUUGGGAGUUAGUGGAAGGGACUGAGAGAGCAGUGAUGUCACCCCGUUCUGAGACCCUGUCUCACCAACCGCCUGCCCCUCCUUCUCUGUGCAGGUGUCACAGACACAGGGGGUGCAGUCCAAAACCCCUCCUCCCCUACGCUGCCAACUCCCAUGACCCCUACUGAUCCCUGAUCAGCGCCCAGCACGUCACACAAAGUGCUUUCUACCUGGUCAGCAGGGAACAUGGGUUAGGAUUUGAACGCAGCCAAGAUUACCACACUAAUUUUAAGUGAAUGGAUAUUUUUAAUGGAUGACAUUCAUGACAACAGGUGUGCACAGUGCUACAGUUAAUAAUGACAAUAAUAAUAUGUGUGUUGUACAGAAUAUUUCCAUGUGUAUAGUUAAAUAUACAAUGUGAAAGACAGAGUUGUCAUUUGCAAUAAGGAUUGAACUUAAUGUUUACUUGCAGGCCCUUUGUUGUCGUUUGUGAUGUGGUUGAAAUUAUACACAUUUUUUUUUUAACUGAAUAAAUAGUUACAGCUACUCCAUGGAGGGCCUGGUGGGGGCGGUAAUGAGCCAUAAUCCGCUCAUGGGAGAGGGGCAGGGUGGAAGUGGUGAAGGGGUAAUUGAAAGUACCAGGACCGGGGACACACGGACAGGCGGUUCCUUUAAGCGCUGCUGUCAGACAUAUCCAGUUUCAUUCUCCUGGGGGAGGGUCUCUCGUCUGGACUCCUGUGGUUGAGUUAGUGGUAGUAGGUUGGGGUUUCGGAUUAAUUUUUUGUGAGGAGCCGUUCUAGUAAUAUUUCUCUGCAUGGAGUUAGCGUUUACUGCCCCGUGAGUACCGGGUAAGUGGGGGGGCCCGUGUCUCCUCAGCCACUGUAAUCCCUGCUCCAUUCUCUCUUCCUCUUCAGACCAGUCUUUUUUCUUUUCCUUCUUUUUUUUCUGGCCAGAGAAACCGCUGCGUUUGCACAUUGGGGAGAGAGAGGAGGGGCCAGAGGAGGCCUGAGGAGUAAUGUAUGGGAAAGGAAAAAUGUAAUAGAAAAACUUAAGACUUCAUCUGGUGUGCAAAAAUACAAGAUUUCAGCAGGAGGAGGGUUUGGUUCAUGCAUUUUAGUCAUUUCAGUUUGAAACCAAAAUGACUGAUUCGAGGUGCAGGAUGACCUGGAGUCAGCCAUGAUGGAUAUUUGCACAGCCUUUCUAAUAUUAAUUACAUGUAUAGUUAGAGAUAAUGUGAUCACAUAUCAGAAUUAUUAUAUUAAACAAGACAUUGAGGAGCAGUGCACAAAUGUGUAUAAAUAAUACUCUAAUUCACAGGUACUGAAAUGAUUAAGAAAUUAGGAAAAGAGCUCAGAAUCCCAAAAUGGUACCCUUUGGUCUUGAGAUGAGGAAAAAGAACAAAAAAACAUGAAUCCAUAUGAACACCCAUCCUUUUAUUCUAUAAGAAUAUUUAACCACUAAUUUAAACCGUAAAUGGAAUUUUAUUUAGCACAAUAUUACAGUAAUUAUAGCACAUAAAACACACGUUCCCAUAUGCAAUACAGUAGCACGUGUAAUCCAACUGUGUUAUAGAUGCACCCGGUGGGAUAAUGUCCUUGCAAAGCGUGGAAGGUGCAAUGGUUAUUGCUGCACUGGUUGGUGCAUUUCUAAACUGUGACUAGACCAUCGUACUCCUCGUUUUUUCAGUUUUUGUGAAAACAGUCAUUCUUGGGUAGAAGUUUGAUGUAGUUCCAAAAUGCAGUCUCUUGCACGUUGCAAAAAUUAGAGCGGACCCUCUAGCAAACAAGGGUCAUAUUACGAAUGAUUUAAAAUUCUAAGCAGCAAUUGUGAACAGAUCUAUACAACAAUGCGUCAGGCCUUCCCUUUAAUUUUGAACGGAGUAUGACCGUGACCCUAACCCCCCCCCCCCCCCCCCGGCACGUUGCAACCAUGGACCAAAAAUCAGCAGUAUCUUCACUUGUUUUUGUUCAUCUGAGUUGAAUCCAUGUCUCUGACUCAUAGAUAUAGAUCUUGAACAGCUCUACAGUGCUCUGGCGGUAUACACACAGUGAUACUCAGUAGUUGGGGCUUAUUUUCAACUUAUUUUUGUUCCAUCUUUUCACAUUCCUGACUCCUGUGUCGUACACCCACAAACAUUCUGUUUUCAGAUGUCCAGGAUUCUGGACUUUUUAAGCAGUGAGGGUGUCAUUUUUUUUUUUGUUCCUCUUUUGUUUGCUAAGGAUGCAAGUAGUCUUAUUCAGAAAAUGCCAAUCUAUUCAGUCAGAGAUUACCAAAAAAACUAAACAUGGUUUAGCUGGUGUGAUCUACCCAGGAACUUUUACUCGGGGGUUUGACUGUUGACCGAUUGGGGAAAAAUUAAAGGAGUGAAACAAAUUGUUCACAAUUUCACCCUGAUGGAAUUAAACCUCCAAAACACACCUAUAUUUUCAUUUUAAACAAAUAUAUCAUUUCUAUAUAAUUGCUUAAAAAUGUCAUGCAAUACUUGGAAUAAUUCAUAAUAAAUGUUGUAUUAGUUUUAGUUUGGAAUUUAGUCUGGAACCAUAUUUAGGGUGCUUUGAAGCUGGGAACAGGAGGGGAAUUUUUUUUUCAAGAAAUUACAAGAAAUUCAAGUGUGUGACCGUUGCCUCUGGUAUUCUGAAUUUAAAUAAGGUUUAAAACUUAAAAAUAAAAUCUAGGUUUAAGAACUUCAGUUCUGAUAUGUAAUUUAAGCGCUUUUACCAUUAAGUGUUAUUUAAGUUUUAUUUGAUGAUUGAUGUUUAUUAUUCUGAAACAGAGAAACUAUAGGGUUGAACUGAAGUGGGGUGCUUCUGAGAACUUCAGGGAGCAUUUCAGAACACAAGUCUGGGGCGGGUUUCUUUUUAUAACAGAAGAGAAUAUUUUUAAGUUGUUCUGUGUGAGAGGGGAAAAGAAAAAGGCUUUCUUCAUGCUGGGAUGUUAUUACAAGACCAGUAUACUACAAUCUGUAAACCUUGAUUAGUACAUUUCAAACUCUUGUGCCAAUCACAUUUUGAUAAGAAUUCUGAAGGUGUAUUCAAGCCAAGGUUGGGAAAUUUCUGCAGUUUCCAUCAUGUGAAUUCCUGCGCAACAUCAGACUGAAAUGAUUUAGCAUAAAUCUGGACCAAAAAUAAGAGGUAAACCAUUAAAAACAAGAACUGUUGUGGCUUCUGCUUGCUACAAUUUUCCUAGACCCUAACCCAUUGAAAUUCCAACUUGUUUUGUUGUUCAUUGUAGGAAGAAUUGACUCAGAAUCAAGGGAUGGCAAUACCAUCAAAUUAAGUGCAAGUCAAACUUGUCCGUAAAGUUGAUAAUGAAAGAAUCUUGAGCUGAAAUAACAUCUGUUGGACUGCAUAAACUAAGUGGUAAAACAAAGAUUUGAACUUAUUAUAAAUGUGGUAUCAAGGCACUGUUUAAAUAGCCAUAGGUUAUCCUUAGUGGAAGACAUAAAAACAAACUGAAAUGUGAUAAUGUUGACAAAUAAGAUGUUUACACUUUGUCCAUUGUCCUCUGUACAGGUACAGAGAUCAAUAUUGAUGCAUAUGGUUAUGGUUGCUUGUGUUUUACAAUCUCCAGGAUUGAAAGCAUAUCUGCAAAAGUUAAACUGCUACAUUAGGAAUUCCUAA